GGCCGCGUCGGCGAGGAGAUCUUAGCAGCCAGAGCCAGCCAACAAACAGCGAUCGAUGGCGGCCGUGCCGUGGGCGGCGGCGAGGAGGUCGAUGCAGGAGGCCGCCGCCGCCGGCGGCGCCGUGUCGUACGCGCAGGCGCAGCAGGGGCCGCGGUCCGCGGGGAGGUCGGUCGAGACGCUGGUGGUGAUCGUCGCGGCGAUCGUGCUAGUCGCGGUGCUCGCGGGCGUCGUCGCGCGGGCGUGCGGGGGGCGGCACGUGGCGCCGAGCGGGGACCGCGACGUCGAGGGGUGGGUGGAGCGGCGGUGCCGGAGCUGCCUCGACAGCGGGCUGCCGCCGGCGACGGCCCAUCAGCCGCAGGGGUCAUCGAAGGCCACUGAAGCCAAAUAGUGGUCUGUCAGGUGCUGCAUUGUGUGUCGAAUUCUUGUAGCUGUAGGCUAGCAGUAGCUUGGUAUACGGAGUAAUUAGCGUAUUGACGUUUGAAUAGUAUGAUUAUGUAGCAAUCUGAAUGCUGAAAUACCUGCUCUUUUGUCUGGUAGUAGUAUACUAUUUACGGUAAAGGCU